AUGUCUGGAGGACCUGCUGCCGAUGUUUUGCAACUAAAGGAAGAGGAUGUUGUGAAGUUCCUGCUGUCAGGAACCCAUUUAGGAUCUAGUAAUGUCGAUUUCCAAAUGCAGUGCUACAUAUACAAGAAGAAACCCGAUGGUAUUGUGGAUAAUAUUAUACUUGCUAUAUGAUUAGGAAUGUUGGGUAUCAGAUGUGCUGGAAAAAUUAUGCCGAUAUUAUUGGUACAGCAGUUUUUCGGCUUUUAAAUUAGAUAGGAAAAUUCCUUAGUGGAAAUUUGAAGGAAAUUUUGAUUUUGAAUAAUUCCAAAAGUGGGAACACUGUUUAUGAUAAUUUCAAAAUUCAAAGCUGUUGACAUUGUUUUUAACACAAAACGUUUACUUCUUUUACUUUGCAUUUGAGUAAAACAAAGAUUGAUGAUUUUGCCAUAUGUAUGGUGAUAAAUUUGAUAUGGUAUACCAAAAAAUCUGAUAUAUUUAUACAGAAAUUUUGGUAUAUCGGUAUGACCGUUAAACCGAUAUUAGUUUCAAUGCCAAUAUUUUUGGUAUAUUGGUAUACCAAACAUUCCUAGUUAUGACCAAAGACUUUGGUUUAGGUGUGUAUAUCUUUAAUCUCCGCAAAACCUGGGAGAAAUUGGUGAUGGCCGCUCGUAUCAUUGUUGCCAUUGAGAAUCCUGCUGAUGUUUGCGUUAUUUCUGCUCGACCUUACAGUCAG